UGCAUUAUCAUAAGUGCAGUAUCUAUCUAGUGCCACCUCUUUCAUAAUUAACAUGGCAGAUGUAUGGAGUCAGACGACCACAGGAAUGGCAAACAGCAGUAGGACCUUUUCUGACAUGAGGAAUGUGAUCCUGUCAGCCCAUAAAAACACAGGGGCCCAAGAUAAGGUCGGCUUCUAUGAUAACUGGGCUGAAAACUAUGAGCAGGAUGUAGCGCUGCUGGAUUACCGUGCCCCCUUGUUAGCAGCUGAGUGUGUGAGCUCGUUUUUCAGAGGUGACAGAGAGAAGGCCGCUGUCCUGGAUGUGGCCUGUGGAACAGGCCUAGUCUCUGCACAUCUGAAGAAAAUGGGGUUUCGUCAUUUUGUUGGAAUCGAUGGAAGUUUGAAGAUGCUGGAGUUGGCAAAGAAAACUGGACUUUAUCAGCAGCUCAUGCAAUGUCUGCUCGGUCAAGAUGAAAUUCCUGUUGAAUCUGGAACAUAUGAUAUUGUUAUAAUUGUUGGAGCACUAAGCAUUGGGCAUGUGCCUUUAACAGUCAUCAGAGAACUCUGGGAUGCUACAAAACCAGGUGGCUAUGUGUGCAUGACUACAAGAGGGAACACUGAUAACCGGGAGUACAAGGCUGAACUGGAGCAAAUGAUCAGAGCAUUUGAGGAAGAGCAGAAAUGGAGCCGUGUGACUGUAGUUGAGUCGGAGGAGUGGGAGAAGGCCGUUUCAGAACAGGACAGCGGGUACAUUCCAGGCGCCAUUUAUUUGUAUCAGAAAGGUUUAAAUGCAGUUUAGGACCACAUGAGGGAAACCCAAUGACCAAAUAUGCUCAAUAAUCCAUGCAGCUAUUUUAAAGAGUUUUUAUUCCACCAGCAGGUGGUGGUAUUUUUUCAGAAAUUACAGUAUCACUUGUUUUGAAAAUACUUUUUUCCCCCAGAGAAGCACCUGACAAGAGAAAAGCUUAAACAUGAUCUAUUUGUUUGUUUUGGCACCAAAUUAUUUCACCUGGCACUGGUACACAGUGCAGCCAUUUGAAAAACUUUAAGGUUUUUGUUCAAGUUAAGUCCACGAACCUAAAGGAUUUUCUGAGAAAAUGUCUAAGGUGUGUGGUUACAAAUCUACCAUUCCCCAGUUACAUCUAACCUUUCGGUUUGCCACUCCUCGAUGCUCUGAGCACUAAACUUUUGAAAUUGCCAUUUCUGCUGGUGUCAUGUGACAAAAAUAAAGCACACAAACAGAUUGUAGAGUGUGUACUAUGAAUAAGAUUAUUUUACAAGAAAAUUUCCAGUUGAAAAGGUUGUUGAUUUCCAGUGUUUAAAUUGCAUUAUACUGUAUGUGAUUUAAAUAAACAUAAAUACCUAACAGUGA